CUAACUACUACCACUGCCCCAUAUCACGUGGGAGUCAGUCACCCCGGAGUUGGUCAUCUGGGAGGUGGUUGUGGCGUAGUGGCGUGCCUCAGGUUGUCUUCUGGGAACCGCCUCAUUUGCUCAGUUGGAUGUCAAGGGGAGGAGGAGGCUACUUCCAGUUGCCUUCUGGCGGACUCUUCGAAAUCAUCUCGAAAACUGUCAACGAGCACUGAGAUUAAACAAAUAAAAAAAGGCAAGAAGAAUCACUUCAAUUCCUAGAACUAUGGGAGAAAAACCAGAACUUCAAGUAACUCCAGCCGAAGGGAAGCCGACGGGAUGGUGGUCCUGGCUGAAAAGGGAAUUUCGGAUAGACAAGAAAUUAAUCCCUAUCAAAGCCGUCACCUUCUUCUUCAAUGGAGGCGUGGUGGCCUUUCUGCCAUACUUGGUGCUCCACAUGCAGCAGCUGGGAAUCACUGUGGAGGAAAUCGCCACCAUGUAUGCCGUUCUUCCACUCGCAUCUCUCAUCGGGCCUCCUAUAACCGGACUUGUGGCCGACAAAUUUGGAAGGUAUGGCUUUAUGUUCAACAUCAACAUUAUUUUGACUGGACUGUUCCAUACCCUUCUCCUUCACGUGCCUCCAGUGCCCAAAAAUAAUUUGAGCUUACAGUGUGGCUCCCAUGGGCACAGCCUUACUUGGGCAUCAUGUGACAGUUGUUAUAAAGUGAGAAACAACACUAAUAGCCUUGUUGAGCUGAAGAACUGUUUCUUCACUUGUCCAGAUCAGCAAGAAGAAGUGAGCAUGUGCUAUUCAAAAAAACUCAGUGGCAUUUCGCAUUGUGUAAAUUAUAAUCUCACCGAUGAAAUAACUGUAAAUGGAACGCUGAGAUCCUGGGCGAAGAAAACCUGCUCGCACACCUGGUCUGAGCUGAUCUACAACAACAUUUCUUACGACUUGUUUACCUGUCAGUCGCAAUGCCCCGUCAUCUGUGAUAUCGCAGGUGUUCAACAGUGUCACGAACUUUUGAAGAUCGGUUCAAAUCGCACUUUCUGGGUCUACUUUGGUCUGCGACUCCUGGCAACUUUCUUCCUGGCUUCUGCAUUCACGAUGCUGGAUGCCACCACUUUAGCUGAAAUCAAGAGGCACAAAGGUGAAUUUGGCAAACAAAGAGUCCUGACUAUGCUGGGGUUCUCCAUUAUCCCUUUGAUCGCAGCCAUAAUCAUUGACAACAGGACUGGUCCCACAGGAGAAGCCGACUACAUGCCAGCCUUUUAUCUGGGCGAUGCUAUGUUGGCGAUCAGCGUCAUUCUCAUCGCCAGGUUGGAUCUGGAGGUCGAGCUGCCGCAGGACAGCCUAACUAAAGGCUUGAAGCAGAUCAUCACCCGUCCAGAAAUUGAUAUUUUCCUGUUGCUUAUUCUUAUCUUGGGGUCCAACUUCGGAUUCAUUGAGAGUUACCUCUUCGUCUUCCUGAAAGAGCUGAAUGCUCCUAAUUAUCUUUUGGGCUUGACUAUGACUGUUGGAUGCCUGACCAGCGUCCCAAUGCUCUUCUGGGCUGACCCGAUCGUCUCUUGGAUGGGUAGACACAACGUCUUCCUCAUCUCUUUCAUUGCCUAUGCCGUGAGGAUGUUUGGCUACUCCUACAUCAAAAACCCGUGGCUGUGUUUCCCAUUUGAAGCGCUUGAAGUUUUUACUUACCAGCUGAUGUGGGUGGCUGCUGCAACCUACUGCCCCAUUUUGGCACCAAAAGGUCUGCUUGCUACCAUGACUGGGGUCGCUGGUGCUGUUCACUACAGCUUUGGUAAAGGACUGGGAGCUCUCCUUGGAGGAUACCUCAUAGCAGCCAUCAACACAUCCAAUGCUUUCAAAGUCUAUGGCGUCAUCGCCCUAUCCGGAGGUGUCUUCUACUUCUCUGCAUAUCACUGCUACUUGCAAAAAUUCAUCGCUACCAAAGCACCAACGUUUCCAGAAAAGGAACUGGUGGUGACCAAGGUCGGCGAAGGGGUGGAGGAGGGAGACUCCAUGAUGGACUACGACAUGAAGAUCCGGAUAGACAUCGCCAACGGCAUCUGCCGCAGACCUUCAACCUUCAGCUGGAAGGAGGAGCUGCACAAGGGCGAGGAAACACCGCAGCACCAGGAGGAGACCUGAACUUAAGAAGAAGACAUUUUUGCUGGAUGUCAGUCUCAUGAGUGUACAGUGAUAAGUGAUAGUUGUUUUUAUUAGAUUCCCUCAGAUAUAUUAACAUAGAUUGUGCGUAUCAAUAGAUCUCGGCUCUGUUCACUUCUUGCGGUUCAUUUCCGUUGCAUGUUCUCUUUCUUUAACUAGUGUUAUGUAGAAAAUAAUGAUAUACGAUGGCACACUUACAAAUUAUACGCAUACAUAUAUACAUACAAACACAUAUAUAUAUACUAUAUAUAUAUAUAUAUAGUUUAUACAAUGUGUAUAUACAUAUAAACUUAAAUAUUUUAUGCAUAAAAUUACACAAGUAAAUACAUGUAAUAAAACAGUAGUUUCAGUGUCAACUAUAUCCUUUGUGCUAUGUCACAAUAUGAGUGAAAAUUUACAGGUCAUGCUGUUACAAAUUAAAACCAAUGUAAGAAAAGAAUCUUAAAAAAUGCAGUCAAACCUAAGCAACAGAUCCCUUGUAUAUAUUUGUAGGUUUUGGUGGAGAAGGGGUGGAAAAUUAUUAAUAAAAUAAUAAAUGUUAAAAACUCGAAGAAA